CUUGCGAGGUGCUUUCACUGGAGGUGGAGAUUUUCAGGCUCCAGCGUAGAUUCGAACAACCACGACAACGUAAGGUUCCAAACUAGGGAGUGAAACAGUGUUAGAGCAACUUUAUGCGUUGCCCUGUGCUUAUACUCGGUUAGCCCUCUCAUGAGCAUAACAACACUCAGCUCUAGCUCAGCAUCCAAAACACACAAUUCUGCCAAUAGUGUAUCAACCAUGGAUCUCACAAUCUUUAUCUUCUUGCAACUGGCCUUCUUCAUCUCCGCUGGCAUUUGGUCCAUCGCUUACGCCAUGCUGCUGCGAUGUGGGGUUGCUGCCGGCAAGUACUUCCAACAAAAUGGAACAGAGCCAAAGAAGGCUCGUAAGAGUCUCCUUGACCUGCCAUCAGAAGUCCGCAUAGCAGUAUACGCCGCCUUACUCCCUCCCAACGGAUGGUUUUCAGAAAUCAAAGCACUCCGUGCGACGUGCUGCCAGGUCAAGGUCGAGCUCGAGUCCGAAUUUGCCAGACGCGUCACGAACCAUAUCCGCAACCGCACUGGCCCUCUGCCACUUACCAUAGAUAUCAGAAGCAUCGGUCUGCUCUCGCAUAUCAUCCUCAUCCUCCCCAUUGCCGACCUGAACAGGCAAAAGGGUAUCCAUGACUACCGAGCCUCGCUGACCUACCGCCUUCUCGACGCGAUGCCCUCUUACAUCGACCACGUCACUAUAGCUUUCAGCUACAAUAAAAAAACAGUGCCGGUACAAGGGAUGGUUAUUUUGCGCCUCGAAGACGUGAAAAACGCGGUCUGUUGGUUCAUGCUUAGCACUCAGCGUGCAAUGAGGAGAGACUUGAAAAAAGUCGAGGUCGUGUGGGGUGACCUGGUCAAGCACAAGUCGCUGAAAAUAUACCUGGCAAGAGACGAUAAUUCCUUGGCUAGGCCGGAUAUCUACAUCAAGAGGUCAGCGAUUGUCGGGCCCGAACAUGAGCCUGAAUAUCAGGGACUCACGUGGGAGCUCACGGAUACGCCUCAUACGAGGAGAUGAUUCAGAUGAUGGGUUAGGCUUGUGUGUGGUAGAAGAAGGAAAUUGAGAUGUCCCUGUCGAAGGGUACCACCAACUUGUAGCCUGAAGAUAAUUAGAAAUGGGAUAGAUGAGCCCAUCUGUAAUUUUAAUUUGACGCCAAGAGAGUCAAUCCUACGAGCUACGCCGUUUCCUGUUUUCUUCAAAGCAUCCGUAGUCAAGCAUUGCUCAACUCUCAGUGACAAAAUUCCUUACAAUCCCAUCUGAUUCACUAGACCCCGAGUUGUAUACUCUAUUCCAUUUCCUCUUCUCACGCUGGCUGUGAAAAGUCCUUUUUCGUAGCGCGGCGCACACAAUCUGCCAUCAGGCUGCUCAACUAGCGCCUCACUUCCAACACAUCGUCGACACCAAAGGACAUUGUGCGGGUCAUACUUCUCCUUGAUAGCUUUAAGUCUAUCGUAAUGCUCGCCAAAGAAAG